AUGGCUCACUUUACACAGCGUCUUCUGAAAAACUUCAUCAUCAGAACUCAGUUUGACAGCGUCAAGAGGAAACAGUGCCUUCAGUAUCUGAACACUCUCAGAACACUGCAAUAUGAUGGAUAUAAGACUGUGUAUUUUGGGGAAACUGAGAUCCCAGAAACUCUUGUCACUGGGGAAGACUUUAAUGAUGACUAUUACAUGCACACUCCAACCUGGUGUCUCCUGCACGCUGGUGGCAGUCAAGGAUGGGUGCCCUGGAAGUACCGGAUGUUCCUAAGAGAUGACCUAUGUAUCAAACAGGAAGACAGCCUCUUCUUUGAGUUCUGUGAUGUUGUAAAGAAGACCUAUGGGAAGUGUGCCAUUGUGGUUAAAGGCAGAAAGCAGCAAGAUGAGAUGAAGCUGAAGACAGACAAGGAGGGAGAGCCCCACGCCUAUGCUCCAACAAGCAUUCCUCUAACAAGCAUCGUGUGUUCCUCUGGAGUGGCCAAGUCCUACGGCCAUGAGCUAAUCUCUCUGCCGUCCCCCUAUAAUUACCUGAACCCUUUGGACUCAGCCUGGUCCUCCGUGAAAUGGUUUAUCAUCAACAACAGAAAAGAGUUUUGUCUGCAGUCCACCGACAACGCCUACCGCUACCAGUACAUACUCGUCAGCGACUUGAUCAGCAAAGGAAUUGAGAAGGUCAGCACGAGCAAGUGGAAGGCCUUCAUGAACAAAGUACGGCGGUGGGAGAACUACUAUCUUGGGAAGUUUUCCUAA